AUGGCUCCCCUCGGUUCGAAAUGGUCGCCUUACUCGGACUUGGAUCCUUCUGGACCAAGAUCCUCAUGGUGUUCGGUCAUGAAUACUUCUUCUGCUAACAUCCCUGCUGGCACAAGCGAGAGAGCUCUGGCAGUGUCCAAAUCAACCGCGACGGUGGCAGGUCCUUUCCGAGAUUAUAGCAUUGGCUUCACUCCGCAGCCACAUGCGGAAGAAGAGCAGAUUCCGAGAACAUAUGAUGCUUCUACGCAAAUAGCCCACCAUGGCGGGCAGCACUCGAGCCAAUUUCAGUCUCAGCACCCGCACCCCCAUUCGCAACCACUUCAGCGCUCUCUACAACCGCCCACAGGGCCCCAUCACCCACUGGUGACGUCUCCGACUGUGGAUGUUCUGCAGAACCUCCAUCAGCAACCCAGCUAUCUGCUCAGUCACCAAGUACCGCACCAAUCGCAUAGUCAGACGCCAUCAUUCAGUCGACCGCACGACCAUCUCGGGUUCUCCAGUGUGUCUUCAGCGAAACGACGCCUUUCGGAGCGGGACUUGGAUGCAGAGCAUGGCAGCCUUGAAUCCGGGACACAUAUCGAAGAGGAAGGCAAGAUGCGCAAGACCGCAGAAGAUUCAGCGACUGCGCUCCGUCGAGCUACACUUGCUACUCCUCAGACAACCCAGCCAACAACUGCAAGCGCGCUUUCCUAUUACUCGCCAUCUGGCCCUCUUCCUCCACCGUCACAGCAUCAUCACCAUCACAGUCUUCCGGCCCAAACCCCAUCGUCUUCGAAAAUGCACGUAUCUCCUUCCGGAAAUAAUCCAACCGGUAGCCCACCAGCUUACCUUGCCGCGCCCUCUGUUGUAGGAGAUGCUGGUAUGCCUUCACCUGCCCCACGGCCUCGCGGCCCAAAAGUCAAAUUCACGCGGGAAGAUGACCAGCUUCUGAUCGACCUGAAGGAAAACAAGGCGUUGACCUGGAAGCAAAUCGCCGACUUCUUUCCUGGACGAACGUCAGGGACUCUACAAGUGAGGUAUUGUACGAAACUAAAGGCUAAAACGGCUGUAUGGACAGAUGACAUGGUUCAGAAACUUCGAGAUGCCAUGGACGAAUACGAAGUAGAUAGGUGGAGGUUGAUUGCAGCAAAAGUUGGAAACGGAUUCUCGGCCACGGCCUGCAAAGAAAAGGCCGAGGAAAUAUCAUGA